AUGCUCGGACGAAGUUCAGGAAUUGCAGCGAGGUCUGCCAGACAGCGAUUGCAACCCAACGCUCGCUUUAUCAACUCUCGCUUCCAAUCCACUGCAUCUCAUUCUUCCACCAGUGGUAACCCCGCAUUGAUUGGCGGUCUUGCUGGUGGAGCCGCCGCCUUCCUCACGGGAUACACCUGGUACCACUUUUCUGGAGCCAAGACACUCGUGAACAGCAGCAAACAGACACAAGCAUACAUCGACCAGGCCAAGAAGACAAUUACUGAAAAGACACCUGAGCCAAACGAAGCAUUUAUCUGGUUGAAGGAUACGAUCAAAAGCUAUGCUGUUUUCAUCCCUGGCGCUCGCGGCUACGUCGAUACCGCAUUUGACGACCUCGAUAAAAUCAGAAAGGAUCAUGGAAAAGAAUUUGAUGAAGUGGUCAAGAAUGCAUACACGGAGCUAAAGGAGCUCUCGAACAAAGAAGGAUUGAACAUAGACUCGGCGUCCAAGGCUUUGAACGUGCUACAAAAAUAUCUCAAGCAGUUGUUCGAUCUUGCUGGCGAUGCCACGGAGAAUGUUCUCAGCAAUCACCCUGAAUUCAAGGAGAAGAUCGGUGGUAGUUUGGAUCAACUUAAAAAGAUGGGUGACGCUUAUGGGCCCCAGGCGAAGGAAGAGAUCAAUCGGACCUGGCAACAAAUCUCCAGCAUUGCGCAGCGCGGCAUGAAUGCUGAUUCAGUUGAAGAGAUCAAAAACUUGAUCCGAGAGAAGAAGUCAAAAAUUGAAAAGCUAGGGGAUGAGACUUGGCAGAAGGGGUUUGAGGAGGCCCGGCAAUACCUUGAUAAAUACCCAAAGCUCAAGGAAAAGGUUGAAGACAAUGCCGAUGCCCUGAAGAAGGGCAAUACUGAAGAUCUAUGGCGUCUUGUCAAAGAGACCGCUUCUUCGGGUAAGACGGAGGAUGUGGAGAAGUACAUCACAGACAAGGUUGAACAAGCCAAGACAAGCGGCUUGGGUGACCUGGACAAGUGGCUCAAGAUGAUACCUGGUGGAUCCAGCGUCAUCCCUCAAUUGCAAUCACUACAGGCUAUCGCGCAAAAGAGGGGCAGUGAGGCAGAAGACGUGUUGAGAGAAAGCGUGGAGGAAAUUCAUAAUGUGCUCAAGAAACGAAAGGAGCAGGUGGAGAAGAUUGCCGCGGAAAAAACAGAAGAGAGCAAAUGA